UUAUAUGAUUAUACAUGUAUAGUGAUAUGCAUAGCUUGCAUGACAGAUCAUUCGUAAAGUGUGUGCUCAUAAUUAACCUGAUACACACCAGAAUACGGAUAUGAAGGAAACUGGAUCAAUGUCCAGCGAUUCGAAAAAUUCGAGUUACUCAUCGGCAGAUCCAGAAAAAGGAAAUGAAUCAAAUGAGCCGCCACCUCCAAAGAAACAACCAUGUUUUCUAUACAGACCAUUGGUUAAAUUUUUCACAUCAGAGCCCGACAAAUACCGCACUUGGAAGAUGUUUCUUGGCUUUCCUUUUGGCGCAGUUUUAGGAUAUGGGUUAUAUAGAAUGAUAGUUCUCCCUAUGGCUCUGACGGAAGAAACGCGGAACGUGCUUGGUGCAAUGCUUGUGUUUGGUAUAUCAGCGGGCUACUCUCUGUCAGUUUACUUCCGGUGUGUCUGCAUCCUACUUAUUCCAACGUUUAUGGGUAAAGCCGGACGCUCAUAUCUAGGGGCGUACGCUGUUGUUUUUCUCAUUGCAGGGCCUAUAGAGAACAUAGUGGAUAAUGCACAGGAUAUUACGCGAUCUCUCACGUGCGCUGCGCAACUGUCGGCCAAUCACACAAAGGCGAAAUGGAAGUUUAGGCUACAACCUGUUGGAAAUGUUAUGAAGGAUAUGGCAGAAGAAGGGUGGAUGUUGAACAAAUUGGGGAAAAAGGUGAACGAAGCGUUUAUUCCAAUAAAAGCUGAAAUCAAUGGUGAUAAAAAUGUUGCGGAAAUGGAGGCUGGGACCAUCGAGCAAGACCAAAAAGAAGGUGGUAAGAUAGACCGUGCAGGUAAAAUAGAGGCGGAGACCAAGGGCGGACCAAAUGAUGACCAGUCCAAAAAAGUGGAAAAUAAAUAUAAAAAGAAGGUCAAGUUUGAAUGUGAAGAUAUAUACAACAAAGCUAUAAAAGAAUGUAGAAAAGUGUUCAGCCGCCUGGAGGAUAGAUGUAAAAAUGUAAUACCAUCUCCGCUGGACAAGUUCUUAUGUAAGCUUGUCAAUGUGGGAUGGUUAUGUCGGAUUGUUGAGCCUCUUGGAAAAGCGCUCGGUGGCGAAUGUAAACCUAGUGACGUCAUCAGACCCUCCUUUGGAAAAAUGUAUAAGAAAUCCGAGGAAUCUGUCGAGGACAUGGACGAAGGAUUUAAAGUGAAAAUGCAAUAUAAGGUUGUCAAAGGCAAAGACGACGUUGACUACACGUCGGUAGAAGAGAUGCGCAGUAAUACAAUGCAUAGUUUCAAGCAAGGCCGGAAGUGGGUGAACUUUUUGAUGACUCUGCUCAAGCGUUUACUUGGCUUCACUUUCCUCCUGGUUAUAAUAAGUGCGUACAAAUAUAACAAGAAGUUCACACAUGAUAUCCGUUUUGACAAUAUCUACAUUACAUCCUACUUUAGAAAGAUUGAUGCUCGUAGGAAAUUCAAGAGAAAGAGGGUGCUGCUACCUCUGAAGAAGAUAGAAGCCGACCAUGUUAUAUUUCCAACAAGUGCAAAGUUGAUGAAGUCGGAGCGUAAGAAACUGGGCAAGGGAUCUUUACUUAUAAUUGCUAGAGCUGUACUUGCAGGCCUGGUCUUCCUCGUCGGAGAUAUAUUAUACACGGUGUUAAACAUAAUUCGCACACACAGCAGGGUUGAUUACAGGCAAACAGGUAACAACACUAUAGAUGUAAAGAUAGGCGGAACAGGGUUUAUGAGUAAUAUUGUAAGAAUGUUUAUGACCGGACUAAACACAAAGAACAAACUGGACCAGGUCAGCUCUAACGUAGAGUGUUUACCACGCCCUGUCGCACUUGACAAAAUAUAUUAUGGCUACGUAUUUGGUGUAUAUCUCUUGAUCUGGACUCUGGUCCUACUUGAUGCCUACGGUCUACGAUUGAGGAAGGUUAUUGCGGCAUUCUUCUAUAGAAAAAGAGAGAAACAACGAAUUCUUUACUUGUACAACACUAUGCUGAAAAAGAGAAAAUGUUUCCUUCAAGACAUGAGGCGUAAGGUCAAGAGAAAAGCAAAAAAGAUGGACCUAUCUGCCCGGAGCGGUUUAAUGUAUUCUCUAGGUCGUCAGUGUCCAGGUUUGUGUGGCUGUCUGACACGAACCAGUGCUGGCAGAGAUAAGUGUUUAAUAUGUGAAGAGAAACUAAAGAAAGAUUUCAAGAAGUGUGACAAAGAUGACUGUAAAUUUGUCUAUUGCCGAGAAUGUUGGCACGAUAUCAAGAAAACUUGCUACGCCUGCAUGCCAUUGGAAGAAUUCAGUGCCACUGACAGUGACAGCAUGACAGACGAUGAUAAAGAUGAUGAUGAAAUCUGACGAUGAAUAUUUGCCAGAUAUUUAUGAAUGGGGCUAGCUCUACA